CAUGAAUCAAUCGAAUAGGUUGACAUCAGAUAAUGCCAGUAGAAGAUUGAAGCCCUCGAAUAAGUAUAUCGAUUACUUUGGCACACAGACAUCUUUUUAUAAGACUAAGGGAGAUCAUUUUAAGCCAAAUUUGAAGUUGAGUAGUGAUUUUGGCCUCUUGUCGCAGAGCAAUUUCUAUAGUCAAGAAACUUUCACAAAGGUUUAUCACAACCAAGAAAUCCAUAGUCUUAAACAUCGGCACAAGUGGCUAAAGCAACGCAAAUCAAAAUAUCAGUUAACUAAGAAAAAUGGGAAUUCAGGAUUUUCCUUGAGAAAUUCUGUCAGAUGCCCAUUGCCGUGCAUCAAAACUCCUUCGCCUAUAAAUAUAUUCUCUGAGAGGCUGGGCACAAGAGGUGAAAGCUCUCUGACAAGGUUCAAGAAAUAUGCGAAGCCAACAAGGCAUAGGAAUUAUAAACGUAAAAAGCUUCAUAAUCACAAAAGCAACCUUGAGUUAAUCAAAAGUUGCGAAUUAAGCCAAGACUAUUCCAAGCAUGCUUUCUCACCACAAAGAUUGAAAAAGAGAGAGAUGAGUAUUUCCAAAGCUAUUCUUCAACAUGAGCAACUGAAAUUAAUCAACCAGUCCAUGGACUCAAAGAUAAAUAUGGCAAAGAGGUUCAUGAAGAAGUACAGCAUCAAGUUGACUGAGAAGGAGCUGUAUUCUUUGAAAAUCAAUGAAAUCACAAAAAGGCUCAUAAAGAGGAAGAUCAAGAAGGUUACAAAUGAGAUGGCAAUCCGGAUCCAGAAAGUGUUCCGAGGCUUCCUAGGGCGCAAGAUUUACAAGAAAAAGAAAUAUAUUCUGGAUCAUACAGUGAGGAAGUUACAGAAAUGAUGGCGAUACUAUCGAAUCUUUACACUUGUUCCAAAAACUUUGAGAUUCCGCAAACGUAGAGCUCUAAUUAGAAUUCAAAAAUUUCUGAGAGGGUAUCGGGAUUACAAAUAAAAUCAAAGAACAACUCUCAGAGAGACGAAUGGAGAAUAAUUUUGAGUAUUUUUCUAAAAUGAGAGAGAAAAUCGAAGAAGAUAGCGCUAUAUUCAUCCAAUACAGAUCGAAGAAGUUCCUCAAUGAUAUGAAGAAAAGGAAAGAACUCUCUGUAAUCACCAUGUUGAGGAAGAAGAGUAAAGUACCUAGAAUGUCGGGCAAAAAGAGUGGAAUGCCUCUAAUGCAUGGAAAUACACUAAUGAAUUCCCCACUUAAGGAGGAUAGGCUCAAAGUGACUCACAAGAAGAACAGUAAGUCCAAAAAAAUCAAAAGACGACGGAUCAGUGCGAAGAAGGUAACUGUUCUCUCUUUCAAUUAA